CCGCGCCUCGCUCGACCGACCCUCAUCUUGGCGUGACAGAAGGUAAACCGCUCUGAAAACAACCAGUUGUCGUCUGAUCGUUGCGCCCCAUUACAGCCGCAGCCAGACUACUCACCCUCUCAAGUCAGCCAGACGAGCGAGCCACCCAGUCAAGAAGAAGUAACAUCUCAACACGAUGCCGCGUAAGAAGGCAGAGCAAUUGUCCGAGUACGCGGAAGCAGCCAACGGCGGCGCAGGCGCAGAAGAUUCCUCCUACUCGGGCAAACAAGCGGCCGAAGUCGAGACGCUCGGCAUGGACAAUUUUGAACUGCCCAAGUCUCAAGUCGCAAAGUUGGCCAAGAGCGUGAUGCCCGCCAACGUGCAGCUCCGCAAGGAUGUCCAGACGGCCCUGAUCAAAUCAGCGACAGUCUUCAUCAACUAUCUUUCUGCAGCCGCACAAGAUCGCUCGAAUGAGAACGGCCGCAAAACUGUUACCGGGCAAGACGUGCUGCUCGCUGUGCAGGAGAUCGACAUGCCGGAGGAGAUGUUCACAGCUCUCACGAAGCAGCUUCAAGCACAACAAAAGCUGCAGAAGACAAAACGCGCGGCCGCAAAGGUGAAAGCAGCAGACAAGGCAUCCACAUCGGACGACGUCGAAGGCGGCGCCAGCAAGAAGAAGGGGAAGAAAGCAAUCGGCUCGGCGGAAGUCCGCGGAGACUCGAUGCUGGUGGACGGUGAAGAGGAGGACGAGCAGGAGGAGGACGAGGGGGAUAUUGAAGAACAAGAGGAGGACGAGGAAGAGGAAGAGGAAGAAGGGAAUGAUAUUGAUGAUGCUGACGACCAGGAAGCAGAGGAGGACUUGGUCGAAGGAGCGCUAUUGCCAAAUAAUCGCGGCGUGGGGCAAUCGCAAGACUGACUGCAUAAUGAAGCAGAGCAUCUCGCACCUCGCAUUGACUUUAAGUGUAUCAUACAUCACACAACAGCACUCU